GGCGAAUGAAGGGGCAGAGCGACGUGGGGCAGCCGAGCAGCACGCUCGCAGACUCGUUGGAGCAGCUCGCCGUGUUGGCAGCUGCGGAUGCAGUCGCCCAGUGCGGCACCGACAUCCCGUGGUACAGACCCACGUACGCAGUAGAGACCGGCUCCAGAGGGCCCGAGGUCGUCGCGUACACGUCGAUCUCUGCCAUGGACGCCUACGCGCACAAGUCGGUGGAAGAACUGCGCUUUGAGGACUACCUCAAGCGCACCGACGUGAAGGCGGCACGGGCUCAGGCCGCGAUCGUGCCGCCACCGCCCGAGAAGGGGCCAUCGACGAGUUCACCCACGCCUGCCGGUGGGCCUCAACCGGUUACGGGUACCCCCACAUCGUUCGGCUCGUUUGGGGCCGCUCCAUCCAACACCACGUUUGAGGCGGCCAGCGCAACUACGAAAUAUGCUCCAUCAGCCAGCACUUUUUUGUUUGGCGCUGCCCAAGGCGAUACCUCUCGAGCCCCCAAUACGACCUUUGGCUCUGCAAAGCCGCCGUCGGCGGCGCAGUCGUCUGGUUUCUCGUUUGGUAGCCCAGCUCCAACCGGCACGACGUCUGGGUUCUCGUUUGCUCCAACCGGCACGGCGUUCUCGUUCAGCCCUCCGUUGUCGUCGACACCACCACCGGCUCCACCUGGUACUGCGUUUUCGUUUGGCGCUUCACCAUCGUCAGCAGCGCCGUCACCAACAGCGACGCGGCCGACAGAGUCUGGUACGGUCGCGACGGCACCCCCAACGAGCACUGCUGACUCUAGUUCGAACGCAGGCGACGAGCCGCCGGACGACUUCAAUGGUCUCUUGGCCACAACGCGCCUCGCGGGCUUUCCGUUUCCCAGUCACUGGGAUGGCACGACGCUCGUGUCGGCGUCCACUCCGCAUGCCGUGCAGCUCGAGCUCACCAAGAAGCUGCAGUUUUUACCGCGAAUAGCAGCAUCGGACACACGGCCGUUCCCGUUCGCAGGCCUUCGCUACCUCCGCACGCUUCAGGAAUCCAUGGACCAGCCAGAACUGAGUUUGUUGUAUGCGCUGGAGCUGCUCCACUUGCCGGUCGAGACCACGACACUAACCGAGCUCGAAGCCUAUUUGCGCUCCGUCCAAGGCAAGCAGGUCGACGCGCACCCGCUCUUGCUACUCGCGAUGGGACGCUGGACGCGCGACGUUACGUACGUCAAGCUCUUCGCGUCCAAGUACCCCAAGGCUCGCGAUGCGUGGUUGACAGCCGACGAAGCGCGUGCACUCUCGCCCGCGUCACCAACACCCACGUGGUCGCCCACGGACCCGUUGCAGCUCUGGCGAGCGCUUGUCGACGCAGAGAGCGUGCGCUCGACCGCCAUGGAGACCCUCCUCGGCAUGGUUGGCAUUGCCAAGGUCAAGCGCGGAGCCAUCCAGCUCUUCCAGUCGGCGCGAGCGCGCAAGAAGAUGUCGCCGACGCUGCAGGCCAAGAACCCGCUCUCGCUCAACUUUUGCUUCGUCGGGAACGCGGGCACGGGCAAGACGACGGUCGCGCGGCUCUUUGCGACGCUCUUGUUCGAGUCGGGUCUGCGCGCAAAGAAUGUGUUUGUCGAAGUCCGUGCGCAAUCGCUACUCGACCAAAAGGUCGACGCGUUCCGCACGCUCGCGGCGUCGGCCAAAGGCGGCGUCCUCUUCAUCGACGAGGCCUUCGAGUUGGACCCGGCCCAGGACUUCAAAGGCCGUGCGAUCGUCUCGGAGCUGGCCGCGCUCGCCGAAAAGUACCGGAAUGAUCUGACAAUCAUCCUGGCGGGCUACGAAGAUGAAAUGGAAACCAAGCUCUUUAGUGUCAACCCGGGUCUCAAGAGCCGCUUCCAGCUCAUCGCGUUUGAUGACAUGAGCGAAGUCGAGCUGCACGCAGUCUGGGACACGCAGCUACAAGCGCGCGGGUGGACGGCGCCGCCCGAGCUCGCGACGAUCGUGUCCAAGCGGCUUGCGAUGCGCGUGCACUCGAAAGACUUUGGCAAUGCCCGGUCGGUGCGCCAGGAAGUCGAGGCCGCCACCAUGAGCGCCAUGGCCCGCCCGACGUUUGACGGCAUAAAACUUGUGCUGGGCGUCGACGACGUCAUUGGCGACCACCCUCUGCACAACUCCAAGCUCGAGCAUGUCUUGGACGAGCUGGAGGGCAAGAUUGGGUGGGCCUCGAUCAAGAAGAGCGUCCGUGACCUCGUUCAGCACUGUGAGAAGAACUACAUACGACAGCUCGCAGGCCAAUCGCCGCUGCCAUUGAUGCUGAACCGCCUCUUCUUGGGGAAUCCUGGCACGGGCAAGACGUCGUGUGCAGCGCUCUAUGGCCGCAUCCUCAAGGAGCUCCACUUGCUCUCGAGCGGUGACGUGGUGCUCAAGACCGCGAGCGACUUGAUUGGACAGUACAUCGGCGAGACACAAACCAAGACGCAAGCAUGCUUGGAACUGGCCCGCGGCAAGGUCCUUGUCAUCGACGAAGCUCGUUCCGAGAACGACGUUGCGCGCUUUCUGCGACUUCUGGACGCCCAAGAUGGACCGAAGCUGGCCGAGACGAUCCGGGCUUUUGAGACGACGUCGUGGAACACGUGCUGGAACGACUACGACCGCUUGUCGGAACAGCAGCUCCACAUCCUCAUCGUGUCCCUCGUCAAGCUUCCGUACUCGUCGCCCGUGAAGCAGCCACCCAGCGCAAGCUGCCGCCGAGUCGGUGAUGCGUAUGCCACUGCCAUGCGAUCUUCUUCCAAGAACGAUGACGAGACCAUCGCGGCAGCAGAAAUUCUCGUUCGCUUUGUGCAGCGCUUGCUCAAAUUCCACUGGGAUGAAGAUCAAUGCGCUGUUAAGGAAGAGCUCGGAGCCAUUUUGUGCGCAGCGUCGUCGCUUCUGCGCAUCAACCGACCCGAGCACCGCGCGGCCCAAACCAAGAUCACGGAGCUGCUCGACGAGCUCGAGAAGCCGUGGAUCAUCCUGCUUGGAAGCGGUGCGCGAGAUGAUGCUCCAGAGGUAGUCUUGCCGUCGACUCGCCCGACAUGGGAGCUCGCGACCGUGGACUGGCUGCUGAACCCGCGGUUGUUCCAGCCGUCGUGCUUGCCGGUGAUGAAGACACCCGACACGCCAUCGGCUGGCGUGUACCCGUCGCGAGACGAUUACAUCAAGACGAUCGAGCGCCUCUGGACGGCAAUGACGUUUGGGGACGGCAACGGAGCACUGAGUUCCAAGUGUCUCGAGCCCGAGUGCAACCAAGUUCUCUGGCCGUGCCACCACGGUGCGCCUGGAGCAGCGACGUGCCGCACGCGUGAUUGUCAGCGCCCCGUCGUUCUUGUGUGCUCGCAUCGUCACCACAACCGCGGGCUCUGUGGAACGUGCGCUGCGCGGUCUCAGACGGGGCUCAUUGGUCCACCAGGCAUCAAGGCGUCGACGCAUGUGUACGACGCAGAGGUCUUUCACGUGGGUACCGACGGUCGCAUUUUUCUCGGCAACGUCAUGAGCCGCCGCCCGCCAGCCCAGGCCAUCCACUGGCGAACGACGAACCGUUUGUCGUGCCCAAACCUCGUGGGCUUUGUCAAGGUCUCUGGGCGUGGUGUGCCCUUGCGUGGGCCCGACCGCAUCACGUGGGCGUCGAUCGUGCCACACGAAGACAGUCGCUUUGAAGACAAACGUCGAGAAGCCGGCGAGCUCGCUGUGCUUUGUUCGGGCAUUGUGAACGUGAACGUGCACGAGCUCGUGCACAUCGGUGACCACCUUGUUGUCGUCGACUGCCAGAUCUUUGUGCCCGAGUUCAUCCCGGUCUUAAAAGCGCUCGAGCUCCAAAAGGCGAUCACGCUACCAUUCGGCGACGGCACGUGGCUGAACUUGUCGUCGCACGCCCCCGCGACCUCGAGUUUGGCAUUCGUCGAGGGUGACGACGACGAUGUGCUUCUGGAUCGCAUGCUGGCCAUGAGCACGCUGGACCCGAUUGUGCAAAUUCGCCGCGACUCUCGCGCCCGCGCUCAGCUGCACACUCGUUUGAUCGAGCUCAUGCGCGAGUUGACGCUGGACCCGGGCCAGCGGCGGAGCUUUCUCGAAGCCUUGACCCACCCCGUGCAUUUGACCCAAGGACCACCAGGGACGGGCAAGUCGUACUUGGGUGUCGGUCUCGCGCGUGCUUUGCUCAUUGUGCGCAAACUCUGGAUCCAGCAGUGCCCCUCGGUUGGGCAGCCGCCGAUUCUAGUUCUCUCGUACAAGAACCAUGCGAUCGACGAGUUUUUAAAGGACCUCGUGCGCACGCAAUCGAGCCUCAAGUACGGGACAAACGGGCUCGUUCGCAUUGGCGGCGUGUGCAAGGACCCAGAGCUGGCGCCGUUCUCGGAGCAGAGCGUAUUUUGCUCCCACAAGGAAGUUAAAGCUCAGAAGGUGCACCUCGAACAGCUGCAUCAGCUCCGCGGCGAUGUGCGCCACUUCAGCGACGACAUUUCGCCGCUUGUCAACUUCCAGUACAACUUGCUCAACGACGCGACGAAGGAGAGCACGACUGCCGCGGUGUACGUCCAGACGCUCUUGCUGCACCUCGACAUGCACGCGUUCACGGGCGACGCGGUGUUUGACGACCCAUCAUGGCGCACGAUGUUUGACGCACUCAAAACGUCGACGAUGCAACCAAUGGCGGGCGACCACAUUGAAGGACUCAUGCGUGGCAUUGCACACUACCACAACCAAUUCCAAACUACAGAAGUGCUCUGGAAGUGGAUGACGGGGUUUGUUCCGCUACCGCAAUGUCGCUUUUGCAGCGGCGAUACGACGUGUGAUCGCGUCGCGUGGUCGCGCGAGCUUGCGCUAUGCGAGAGCCAUGUGUGCAGCAUGGACGACUGCACGGAUGCGGUGGCCGACGAGGGUCGCUCGUACUGUCGCCAACACGCAUGCACCUCGGGUGAAUGCGACAACUAUAAGUUGCCAGGCCAAGUGUUGUGCGAAAGCCAUGCGUGCUUUGUUUGCCUCGCGAGCUGCCCGUCCAAGCUGGCGCAUCCCGCCGAAGACGCACCGCCUCGCAACGUGUGUAGUCGACACCCUUUGUGCUGUGCGUCGAUGUGUAUCAACGAGGUGCUCGAAUCGUCGGACUACUGUACGGCGCAUCAGAAGACGACGUGCCGCGGCAAGACGAAGAAGGGCUACGCCUGCAAGGCGAAGGUCAACAGCCUCAACCUACCGUUCUGUGCGGCACAUCGCUCGCAGGCAACACGCGCAGCCACAACCACCGUGACGGCGGUCGAGGUCGCAACAGCAGUGCCAGCGCCGAAUGACCAAAUGGACGUUGAUGACGCCAUGUACACGUCGUGCUCCGCCAAGACGCGCAAGGGCAAGCCGUGCAAGGCGGUCUUUUCGCAACAGAAAAUCCCCUUCUGUGUCGACCAUAAGUCCCAGUACGUGGCCAAGCCGACGACGACCGCCCCUCCCCACGUUGCGCAAGACGCAGUGCCGGGGGCGGUUUCGCCGCCAGCGACCGACUGUGCCGAGAAGCCAUCGUCACCGGUUUUGCUGGCAGCUCACGCAGCGAGCCCGAGUGAGAAGAUUACCAAGUCGAGCGAUGAUGAGGCAAGCGACUCGGAAGACAGCAACGACGACUACACGGGGCUUCUGGACGAGCCGUGUGACAAGGCAGCACUUGGCAAUGAAGACGAAGUCGAAGAGUCGGAGCACUUGCAGCAUCUGCGCGAGGUCUUUGAUGACGUGGUGUACACGCGCGGCGACGUCGACGGCAGCGAAGCCCUUGAAAACGAGAUCUCGGACGCGAGCAUGAGCAGUGCUGCCACUGCAGCUCCCGAGUACGACGAAGCUGCCGUCGUGCCACCGCGGGACUGGUCGUGGGCGAUGUCGUUGGACGAGCGCCGUCGUCAAUUGAUGCUUCUCGAGUCGCGCCAUCGUGGUAUCCUUGCUGCAUGGCUGGGCUACCUGGCCAAGAGCGUGGAACACGCGCGCCAAAUGCUCCAUGACGCCGAGGUCAAGGCGAAGGCGCGAGUGUACGAAGGCAAGGCUGUGAUUGGCGGCACGAUCGUUGGCUGCAUUUCGCGGCUCGAGUCGAUCCGGUCGACGAACCCGUUUGCCAUCAUUGUCGAAGAGGCAUCCGAGGUCCUUGAGCCGCUUUUGUUUGUGUGCCUCGGCGCCAGCACGUGCAAGCUCGAGAUGAUUGGCGACCACCUCCAGCUCAAGCCCUCGGUGCAGUCCAAGUUCAACUUUGAGCGCAUCAACAAAAUUGGCGUCUCGAUGUUUGAGCGACUCAUUCGCGCACCCGCCGACCACGCUGUGCCCACGUCGGUGCUCGCGAUUCAGCGCCGCAUGCGCCAAAACAUUUGCGACUUGACGCGCGCGUUUUACACGGACAUCGUCGCGAUUGAAGACCACCCGACGUGCGCGACGCGGACGCUGCCGACGUCGCCACUUUUAAAGUGCCUCCCGGCGCAUGGCCGCGAUGUGCCCGGUGUUUUGCCGCACGUGUAUUUCUGGACGCACGAAGGCCGCCAACAAAAGGCAUCGGUUGGUCUUUCGAAGAUCAACACCUAUGAGGCCGACAUGGUCGUUGCGCUUGCAAAGUACCUCGUCGCGUGCGGGGUGAAGCCGUCGUCGAUCGCCAUCUUGACGCCGUACAAGGGCCAGCUUAUGCUGAUGCGCGAAAAGCUGAUGAAGGCCAAGCUCGUCCACCGCGAGGCGUCAACAACAGCCGACACGGUCUCGCUCUCGACCGUUGAUCGGUUCCAGGGCGACGAAGCCGACAUCGUCUUGAUCUCGCUCGUGAUUGACGCCAAGUCGCGCACGCCGUUUGUGAAGCUCGUGAACCGCAUGAUUGUGUUGCUGAGCCGCGCUCGUAUCGGCAUGUACAUUGUGGGCAACGUCGGCUACUUUGAGACGACAGACAACCAAGCCGUCGCCCAUUGGCAGGCAACGCUCUCAAAACUUCGAGGCCCCGCAGCGAACGACUCUGGUGACGACGUUGACACGGUUUGGUUUGGCGAUAGCCGGCUUGGGCCCAAAUUGCCCAUCUGCUGCCCGCUGCACCCCAACGAACGAGUUGUCUUGGCGACACGGCCCGACCAGCUUCAGCUCGGGUUCUGCAACGUUGUCUGCAACGCCGCCCUUCCAUGCUCGCACGUGUGCGGCAAGACGUGCCAUUGGCCAGCGUUGACCCACAACACGGCGUGCUCAGUGCGCGUGCCGUCGCCGUGCCAUCGUCACACCACUGCACUAGUGUGCGCCCAGAUCUAUGCAAGCCUCAGCGGCCGCCGAGCACCUGGUUCCAUCGACCAAGCGCUGACACUGUACCAGUGCAGAGUGAGCGUCGACGUGCUCUUGCCGUGCUCCCACACGGUGUCGAUGCCGUGCGUGGAAGAAACCGAAAUUUCGGAAGGGUUCCGUUCUUGGCCAGAAUGCAACAAGGCCAGCGUCGCGCCGUUCAUUUACACAGCGUGCAAGCAUACGCUUACGUGCACGUGCGCCGAGUACGUCCGCCUCACGGCCAAUCCUACGUCGGCCAAGAAGUGCAUGACCACCGUCGAGUAUGUGCCGGCGUGUGGCCACGGGGUGUCGAUCCCAUGCUACGUCCGCCAGCAGUACGCGGCCGCCCCCCACGCGUUCAUUUGCUCGAAAAAGCUGACGGUGGCCCUGCCACGAUGCGGUCACCUUGUCACGGUGCCGUGCAACGUUGCUGCCUCGCUGGUCGCCUGGAGCGGCGAGAGCUGCAGCGCUGGUGUGGUGCACGAAGGCGAAGUGUACGGUCCCAAGGACCACGCUUGCCACGAGCCCGUUACCUUUGUCAAGGCAUGUGGACACACCCAGAAGGUCGCGUGCGAAGUUGCAUUUGACCUUGCCAAGCAGUCGAACGCAUGCAACGUGACGGACGAGUUUGUGAACCCUGUUUGCGGGCACACGGUGCAAGGUCCAUGUCAUAUGAAGCGCAGUGCGAUGGCUGUCUUGCGACAUCAACCUGCCGUCGCGACGAUCGAUGAAGGCGACGUCAGCCAGUUUGAGCCGUGUGCAACUUUCCAGCAGCUGAAGUGCAAGGUGCCCGUACUCUAUCGACGUCGCUGCCAGCACCAGUGCACCAUCCCGUGCAGUGCUGCGCAGGCCCAAAAGCAUGUACCCAAAUGCAGCGUGGCGGUUGUCGUGCCCAACGUGCUUUGUGGACACGACGUCACCGUGCCAUGCGGGGACACGGACUUUCGAGGCUACAAGCCGUGGCCUGCCGGCGCCGCGGCACCGCUGGUCGCUGGCGUCCUCGUCGACUCGGUGCCUCCGCCGGCGCCGCUGCCCACAACCUGUGCGCAUUCGAGCUGGGCCAACUGCCCGCAGAUGGUCACUUUUGAGCGAAGCUCAUCGUGUGGUCACAGCUUCGACAUGCGCUGCGGUGCCGCGUUCAAACUCUUGGGCAAGACGUUGCCGCCGUGCAGCCACGACACUGUGGUACAGUUGCCGUGCAGUCACGAGCGCCAAGUCCAAUGCUUUGAAGUCGACGGGCCACAAGCUCCAUGCACUGAGGAAGUCUUGCGCGAAUGCUGGAACUACGCGGCAUGCCGCCAGCGGGUCGUGUCGCUUUGCAGCGAGACGGAUGUCGUCGCGUCGUGCACGCGACGCACCGUGUGGCAGUGCCCGAGCAAGGUACACUCGAUCGAGAUUGCCCAGUGUGCCGAGGGCAUUCCAUCGGACUGUCCGCGAUGUUCGAUGGACGCCUUGGACGCUGAGCUGGCGCAAACAGAAGACCUCGUCGCGCGCUGCAGCCGUCGCAAUCACAAUGUCUCGCUGCAAGACGCAGUCAGCGACGCGAUGGCAUCAAUGCCGCCAGCGCUACAGACGUACUUGGCGCCGUACGCUGUUCCGCUUGCGCUGCGCCAGUUUCUCGAACGCAAACUCGAGCUUCUCCAUGGGUACAAGGCCGUGGUAGAACAAAUGCCCGAGUGGCAGCAGCCGCUCUACGCGCCUCGCACACAGCUGUACUAUGCGGUCUUGUCCAAAGCCCAGGUCAAGACCGUGGAAGCGAUGGACCCCAAGAACUUUGUGAAGCAGGACACGCUGUACGGCAUUUGUCUCCAAGAAUGGACGGCAGCCAACGUGCAGUGGCUCAAGGAGAAGAUGACACUGCUUCUUUGUGUCGGGUUUUCUUGUCGGACGCUCGACCCUACCACAUGUGUACCCAAGCCCGACAAGAAGAAGAUCGUGUGGUAUGAUGAGCAGCGCGCGCUCGGGGCCGAUGCGAUCCAGGUUGUUGCCAAGAAGCUCGAGUGCACGAUCUUUUGGGACCCGUACACGGUCAUGACCACGCACAAGGUGUGCCUCACGAAGCGCGACGUGAACGCGCUGCAGAUGUACGCGUCACCGCACAUCGACCGACACGUGCAGCUUGUGCGACGGAUCGAACGCCGCAUGCCUGGACGCCACGGCGCUGUCGCCUUGGACGAGAAGCCGCGCGCUUGGAUGGACAACAGCGUCUUGGCCACAACGCGCCUCGCGGGCUUUCAGUUUCCCAGCCACUGGGACGGCACGACGCUCGUUUUGGCAUCCACGCCGCGCUCGGUGCAGCUCGAGCUCGCCAAAAAGCUGCAGUCUUUACCACGGACAGCGUCGAUGGCAGACGCGUCCCCGUUUGCGGGCAUCCGCUACCUCCGCACUCUGCAGGAAUCCAUGGAUCUGCCGGAGCUGAGUUUGCUUCACGCGUUGGAGCUGCUCCACUUGCCGGCCGAGACGACGACAUUGACCGAGCUCGAGGUCUACAUGCGCUACGUUCAAGACGCGCAGGUCGACGCACACCCACUCUUGUUUCUCGCGAUGGGGCGCUGGACGAAGGAUGUCUCGUACCUUCGGCUCUUUGCGUCGACGUACCCGAACGCGCGCGAUGCGUGGUUGACGGCCGACGAGACGCGCGCGUUGUCCCCGGCGUCACAGACAGCAACGUUGCUGCCGAGCGACCCUUCGAUCAUGCAGCUCUGGGAAGAGCUCGCAGCCGCAGAGCACUUGAGCUCGGCUGCGAUGGACGACCUUCUCGGCAUGAUUGGCAUCGGCAAGGUGAAGCGCGCGGCCGUCCAGCUCUUCCAGUCGGCCCUAGCGCGCAAGAAGAUGCCGCUUGCGAUGCGGAAGAAGAACUCGUUGUCCUUCAACUUUUGCUUUGUCGGGAACGCGGGCACGGGCAAGACGACGGUCGCGCGGACCUUUGCGACGCUCUUGCACGAGUCGGGUCUGCGCGCAAAAGAUGUGUUUGUCGAAACGAAUGCGCAAACGCUCAAGGACGAAGGCGCCCCCGAGUUUCGAAAGCUCGCAGCAUCGGCCAUGGACGGCGUUCUCUUUAUCGACGAGGCGUACGACUUGGACCCAAGCAGCGAUUUCAAGGGCCGCGCAAUCGUCUCGGAGCUACUUACGCUCUCUGAGAACCACCGCGACCGCCUCACGAUCAUCUUGGCGGGCUACGAAGACGACAUGCAAACCAAGCUGUUCAGUUUCAACAAGGGCCUCAAGAGUCGGUUCCAGCUCAUCACGUUUGAUGACUUUGACGAAGUUGAGUUGCACGCAGUCUGGAACAUGCAGCUCGAGGCGCGCGGGUGGACGGCGCCGCCUGAGCUCGCAACGAUCGUCUCUAAGCGCCUCGCAAUUGCCGCCAACACCAAGGGCUUUGGCAACGCCCGUGCCGUGCGCAAGGAAGUCGAGGCCGCCACCCAGAGCGCGAUGGCCCGGCCCGCGUUUGACGGGGCGGCACCAGUGCUGUGCCUCGAAGAUGUGGUCGGCGACCACCCGUUGCACAACCCCAAGCUCGAGCGUGUCUUGGGCGAGCUCGAGGGCAAGAUUGGAUGGGCCUCGAUCAAGAAGAACCGCUCUAUGGCCGCAUCCUCAAGGAGCUAA